AUGCUUGGCUUGGGCGGUGCUGCCUUUGCCGUUGCCACAGACGCAGCUCCUGGAUGGCAUAUACCUUUCUUCUACAUCAGCGGCAUGAAUGUGCUGGAGUGCCGAUUUGCCCAGUGGCAUCCAGAAGAAUCUCAUGUUGCCGUGUUCGACGCUGAAGAACUGCACUACGAUGCUUGGGUCAGCUAUCCUGCUGGAAAGAUCUAUGUCCGUGAAGUGCCCUCGCCCUUGGUCAUCACCUGCAGCUUGACAUUUGUGCAACAAGAUGCUAUUGACGUCGUAUUCACCACGGUGGCCGGCGCGCAGAUGUUGCGCAUCGCCAGGUUGUCAAGCCUGCCGGAGAUGGAACAUUUUGCAACAGCCGCUGCCAUGGCGGCGGCAGCGCAAGGCCGUCUGCAGAGCCGCAACCAAGCAGUGUGCACGGUCUUGGAAGGGCAGGCAACCCCACUGGGCACGGUGGCCCUGUCAGAUGACUUGUGGGACAAGAUGACAGUGCAGGAGAUUGUCACCGCUGCAGAGUCCGAGGCCGCGGAUGGUGCUCCAACCCUGCUUGCAAAGCAGCUGAGAAGCACGAAGCUCAAGCUGCGAAGCGCGUGCGACAAGAGGCGCGACGAGAAGCUGGCGCUGGAAAACGGGGCCCACUUCCUGACGUUGAGGCCCAAGUUGCCAAGCGCUUGCGCGCGCAGGCCCGUGAAGAAGCGGGAGCUGGCGAAAGGGGUCCAGUUCCUGACCUUGAGGCUCAAGCUGUCAAGUUUUUCCAAGAAGAAGCCCGACGAGAAGCUGGAGGUGGCGAGAGGGGUCCAGUUCCUGACCUUGAGGCUCAAGCUGGUAAGCUUUUGCGAGAAGAGGCCCGACGAGAAGCUGGCGCUGGUGAACGUGGCCCACUUCCUGACGUUGAAGCUCAGGCUGCGAAGCGAUUGCGAGAGGACGCCAGGCAAGAAGCUGGAGCUGGCGGACGAGGUCCAUGUCCUGGUGAAGGUGGUCGACCAACCCUCGAGCCAGAUCAAGUUGGUUCUGGAAGUUGACCGGAAGCAAGGAUCAACCAUCGAAGCAGCAGGAGCAGGGGAUGAGGACAAGGAAGAGGAUGUGGAGGCUGCCACUUACCACGCCGGCGUGCACGCCCGGCUCGACAAGUCAGUGCGGGAGCCUGGCUCUGCAUAUGUGGCUUUGAGCCGUUCUCCAACUCAGCAGCGGUGUACGCUGGAGCGCUUCCAAAGAGAGAGCCUCAAGUACAACCGCUACGCCGCAUGGGCUUUGGCACAGUUGAAGAGCAAAUUGGCGAAGAGCCCUGGGCCCAAGCAGCAAGGCUUGCAAGAACUAUGGGACAGCGUCGUGCGUCCAGCCCACGGCCACGACCAUUACGAGAUGCUUCUGGAGAGCAUGCAGCCAUUCAACCGCAGGACCUACCUGGAGGAGCAGCGUGCAAAGGAUGCGCCAGCAGACGACACAGCGCAGGACAUGGCCACAGCUGCCGAGACAUACCUCCAGGAAUGGCAAGGCAUUGAUGAAGCCGAGAGUGAACACAUCAGGCCUGGAGGGUGGUAUUCAGUCCAGAUCCUUUAUGCCGCUCUUUUCAACCGGGGCCUUGCACUCAACCUGGACGAGCCGGUGCAAUCCCUGGACCAGGCGCACCUCGCGACAGCUCUGGUGCAGAACUGGAACAACCAGCAUUGGGUGGCCUACCGCUGGGGGGCCGAUGGCGCCAUGUACCGCUUCGAUUCAUUGCAGCGCGGCCCUGAAAGAGUGAGUGAAGCGGACUUCGCAACAUCCUUGGUCACACAUUGGACCUACGCAGUUCUGCUCCCGUGUGACAUGUGA